AUGCUGUACUACCAUCAAUUCGAUUACAUCUUCGCUAUUGCGAUGAUUUUCGCCUUCUUGGACGCCUUCAACAUUGGUGCCAAUGAUGUUGCAAACUCGUUUUCUUCUUCGGUUUCGUCCAGAUCCUUGAAGUACUGGCAGGCCAUGGUUUUGGCUGCCAUCAUGGAGUUCCUUGGUGCCGUUUUGGUUGGUAACAGAGUCUCCGAUACCGUUAGAAAAAAGAUUAUCAAGACCGACACAUUCGAGAAUGACCCUACUGUGCUUAUGUUGGCUAUGGCCAUGGCUCUUGUGGGUUCUUCUAUCUGGCUUUCCAUUGCUACCUCCAUUGGUAUGCCAGUCUCCACCACUCACUCUAUUAUCGGUGCCGUGAUUGGUGUGGGAAUUGCUUCCAAGGGUGCUGACCACGUCAAGUGGGGCUGGGACGGAUUCUCUCAGAUUGUUGCCUCGUGGUUUAUUGCUCCUGCCAUUGCUGGUGCUUUCGCCUCAGUGAUGUUCCUUUUCGUCAAGUUCACAGUCUUGGAGGUCAAGGACAACAGAAAGGGUCUUAGAAACGGAUUGUUUUUGGUUCCAGCAUUGGUGUUUGUCACUUUCGCUGUGUUGACCAUGUUGAUCGUCUGGAAGGGUUCUCCAAAGUUGAAGUUGGACGAUUUGUCCACUGGUGCUACCGUCGGUGCUAUUUUCGGUGUCGGAGCUUCAGCUUUCAUCGUUUACAUGGUUUUCAUUUUCCCAGUUGUCAAGAGAAGAAUCUAUUACCAGGACUGGAGAAUCAAGUGGUACGAUGUUUUCAGGGGCCCAGUCUACUGGUUCAAGUCUACCGAUGACAUCCCACCUUUGCCAGCUGGACAAACCUUGACCAUCGACUACUAUGAGGGUCGUCGUGUUGAGGACCAUAUUCCUAUUGUUGAUGAAGAGACCAAGGACGACGCUGUAGAUGAGACCAAGCACUCCAUCUCUAGCAGUGAUGUUGCAGUUGCUUCUAUUCCAGAAAAGAAGCAAAAGACUUCCGAGUACUGGUUGUCUCUUCUUAAGGCUGGUCCAUCUAAAUGGCCAUUGCUUUUGUGGUUGAUGGUUUCUCACGGUUUCACCAAGGAUGUUAUUUCUGACCAGGUCAACUCCGAAGGUGCUUUGGGUCACGGUGUCAAGAACAUGCACGCCAAGUCCAAGUUCUACGAUAACAACAUCGAAUACUUGUUCUCUUUGCUCCAAGCCAUCACUGCCUGUACCAUGUCUUUCGCCCACGGUGCCAACGAUAUCGCCAACGCCUCUGGUCCAUUGUCCACUGUCUACCUUGUGUGGUCUGACCACAGCUUAAAGGCCACUCCACCAAUCUGGAUUCUUAUCUACACUGCCGGUGCAUUGGUUAUCGGUUGUUGGAUGUUCAGUUAUAAGAUCAUGGGUGUUCUUGGUAACAAGAUGAUCUUGCAAUCUCCAUCCAGAGGUUUUGCCAUUGAGUUUGGUGCUGCUAUCACUGUCGUCAUGGCCACUCAGUUGGCAAUCCCCGUGUCUACCACUCAGUGUGCCGUUGGUGCUACUGUGUUCGUUGGUUUGUGUAACCAGGACAUCAGAGGUGUCAACUGGAGAAUGGUGACUUGGUGUUACUUGGGUUGGUUCAUUACCUUGCCCGUUGCCGGUAUCAUUUCUGGUGUUAUCACUGGAAUUAUCCUUAACGCCCCACGUCUUGGUGUUGACUACGUUCCAUCUAGUUAA